AGCCCGGAUUCACACUCAACCAAUGUACCAUGAAGUCAUAAAAGGGGAGGGGCUACCAGGAAGUAGAGCUUCUUCCACGGCCGUAUAACACGCAGUCGUUCAGGAACUCAAACUCGGAAUUCGACUGAUUUCACUUGGAUUUCAUUCGUAAAACGAACCUAAACAGGAUGUCCGUGUCAUUGGCUCGGGCCGACGGUGUCACGGUCAUGACGCUGACCUCCAACCCCAAAAGCCGCUGGCCCCCUCUGUGCCAAAUCCUGUGCGGGCUCUGCUACAGCCCCGUGUGCUGCUCCGUGUCCCGGCACCUGAGGGCGGUCAUGGGACGGUCCCAGUCUGCGCUCGGGGCUCUCCAGAUCAUGGUCGGCUUGCUCCACGUGGGAUUGGGCGUCAUCCUCCUGUGUGCGGAACCCGCCUCCUGGUGGAAGAUAAGUGAAACUGCAUUCCCGGAGUGGCUGGGAGGAUUGUUCAUCAUAUUCGGCGUGGUCUGCGUUUUGUCCGAGAGGUACCCGAGUCCGUGUCUGGUCAUCAUCAACGCGAUGCUGAACCUGUCGGGGAUCGCCUUUUCCGUGGCCUCCAUCACGCUCUACUCCGUCAGCAUGGCCAAAAUAUGGAUGUGGUCCUUUUGCGAGGACGAGUACGAUUACUACUAUAGGACAAAGCACACCCCCAGCCCGACUAUGAGCGACACUGAGGUGUUCAUGAAGAACCAGUGCAUGAGAGGAAGGCGCCUCGUCCUUGUGCUCCUGAGAGGCAUCAACGGCGUCCUGAUAGUGCUGUCCGUCAUGGAGCUCUGCCUCACCAUCGCCGCCUCCGUGCUCGCCAUCAAGGCUCUGAGGCGCCGAGACGAGAAGAGCCUGGACCACGCGGAGAAGUACAAGCCGCUGCGGGAGGAAGACGACGCCUCGGCCUAAAGGGGAGUCUUCCUCUUGCUGCAGUCGUCCAAAAGCACCUUAGCACCUUCUGGAGUUCAUACCAAGUCACUUUCUGAUUGACAUGUAGUACUGUGUCUUUUUUAUACUUCAAAGGACGACUCAUGUGUACUCAUGGUAUUUCAAUAAACAUAGUAGUAUGUUA